AUGAAAGAAUGUCUUUAUGAUAAAAUGUUAACAUGUGUUUAUUGUUUAAGCAUAUGUUUUUAUCCAGAGGAAACACCUUGGCUUGAAAUAUACCUUGAACGGGUUUUUGGUACUUCAUUUACAGCAGAUCUUUUAUACAAAAUAAAACAAGGAAAAAAGCAUCCAAAGACCGAUAUUUUUGAGCCGUUACCAUCAGAAAAUUAUGAAUAUUAUCAGGAUAUAUAUAAACGUGCGGCAGAAUACAGUUGGAGUGUAAAAGAAAGCACAUUUGAAAAACAAACAAAUAUUUUUUCAUUAAAUAAAGGAAAAACCCCAGUAAAUAACAUUAUUAAAGGAGAGGAUUCACGGGUAGAAUAUAUAUUUGUUGAAUGGUUAGAUAUGGAGGAAAAAAUAGGGAAAAAAAAGAAAGUGAAAUGUCAAAAAGAGGGUUUAUUUAAAGAUGAAAAAACAUCAUCUAAUUCACCGUUAAAUGAUAAAAUAUCACGCGCACAAUAUGUUCCAAUUAAAGAGGAUAACAUGAAUACUCAAAAGCAUGGGAUUGCAAAUUUUGGGUUUGGAGUGAUACAUAUUUAUCGUGAUGGAAACAUGUUAUCUGCCAAGGAAGAAUGGGAUGGAGAAGGGCUAACGCCAAAGGAUAAGAUUGUAGCGAUUCUUGCGGUUCCAAGUUAUAUGAGUACAUAUGAUUUUUUAGGGUUUGUAGGUGAAGAUGUAAAGAAUCAAUUAACAAUAAGAAGAACAAGUGCACCAAAUCGAUAUAUGGUUUUACUUAAAUUUAGACAAUUCAAAAGUGCCAAAGCAUUCUACAAAGCGUUUAAUGGAAAGUCAUUUAAUUCCACAGAGCCGGAAAAAUGUCAUACUGUUUUCAUUAAACAGAUUUUAUUUCAGUCGAAACAGAAUUUGCAAAAGGAACUUUCAUCUUCUAUAGAUGAUUCAAUUUUACCCGUUUUUGAUAUAUCUGAAACGAGUCAAACGAUGUCUACGUUAACAAUGCCUAUUGCAUCAUCAACAUUUGGUCUUCGUGAGCUUCCAACAUGUGUUGUUUGUUUAGAAAGGAUGGAUGCAUCAGUAACCGGGCUCUUAACUAUAUUAUGUCAACAUACAUUUCAUUGUCAAUGCUUAAGUAAAUGGGGAGAAAAUAAUUGUCCUGUAUGUCGAUAUUCGCAACAAAAGGAUGUUUUGAAUGCCGCUAGGAUUAAUAGUCAAUGUAGUGUUUGUGAUUCUCAAGAAAAUUUAUGGAUUUGUUUAAUUUGUGGACAUAUUGGAUGUGGUCGUUAUGAUCUUGCACACGCUUAUGAUCAUCAUAUUAAUACAGGACAUUGUUAUGUCAUGGACAUGGAAACUGAAAGAAUAUGGGAUUAUGUGGGCGAUUGUUAUGUACAUCGAUUGAUCCCGAAUAAAAUCGAUGGAAACUUACUUAAAUUUCCAUCUACUUCUUAUGCUCCAAAUACUGACUCUUCUGUAUCAGAACAAAAUUAUUUAGAUAUGAAGGAAAAAAUGGAAUCAAUGAGUCUAGAAUAUACAUAUCUUUUGACAUCUCAACUUGAGCUUCAAAGAAUUUAUUACGAAAAUAAGAUAGCAGCUGCAAUGGAUAAAGCAAAAAAAGCAUUAGAAUCAGAAAAACAUGUUAAUGAAGAAAUGAAUAAUCUUAUGAAAAAAAUAUCUGAAUUAGAAACCAAUUUCAAUGAUUCUCAAAAAAAAAUCAAUGAAUUAAAAUUAUUAAAUUCUCAAAAUGAAAAAAAACUUGAAAAAUCUACUGAGCUGGCUCGGCGUAUGGAAAAAGAAUGGAAAGAAGAAAAAUUACUGAAUUCUAAAUUAAUGCAUCGAAUUGAACAUUUAAACAUUGAAAAUAAUAAAAUACAACUUCAUUCCGAUAACUUAAAAUUAAAAAUUGAAGAUUUGUCUGAUCAAUUAAGAGAUGUUAUGUUUUUUAUUUCUUCUCAGAAACACCUCGACACUAUGGAUGAUGCUCAAAAAAAAGAACUUCAAGAAGGAACCACUUUUAUUCCAAAGAAACCUAAAAAAAAAAUAAAAAAUAACAUUUAUCUUUAA